AUGAACACAAUUCUACUUGACGUUCUAGCCUUUGGAGCUGUACUAUCAGGUGUACUUGUAAUUACAUCAGCUAACCCAGUGAUUUCAGUGCUAUUUCUUAUCUCAGUAUUUGUUAACGCAGCUGGUUAUCUACUACUACUAGGAGUUGGAUUUAUUGGUAUCUCAUAUCUAAUCGUAUAUGUAGGUGCUAUUGCAAUUCUAUUCCUAUUUGUAGUUAUGAUGCUUAACAUUUCUAUUACAGAAAUCGUAUCUGUAGGUCGAGAAUACACUAAGAAUCUACCACUUGGAUUUGUUGUAGGUACAGUAUUCUUCUUUGAAAUCCUAUCUGUGAUUCCUGCUGCUACAACAGAAGCUGGUGAACUACCUCUAGGUCUAUUUACAUACAUUAACGGACUACUACUAGGAGUAGAUACAUCACUUACAAACUCUGACGUACAUAUGGCCUUCACAGGUGUAGGUGCUGACAACGGUUUCUCACCAUAUCUACAAAUCGAAACUAUUGGACAAGGACUUUACACUUACGGUACAGUAUGGCUUCUACUUGCUAGCAUUAUCCUUCUACUUGCUAUGGUAGGACCUAUUGCUCUAUGUCUACGACCACGAGCCUAA